AUGCAACGCCUCGGCGACGUGCCCGACGCCGACGUGGCCGUCGCGGUCGAGAACGGCAUCGUGCAGGCGCAGGGCGGAGGGCUGGCCGUCGCCGGCGAGCUGGAGAGCAGCACGUGCCUAGACCUGGCCGUCGUCAUCGUGCUCGACAUCGCGGCGGGCACGCAGGCCGUGGCCACCUCGGCCGGCGUGCAGCUGCCGGCCGAGGACGUCCGCGCCUGGGCCGCCGCGGCCCGAGGCGGAGGCACGCUGGGCGAGGUGCUCGCCGGGAGGACGGGCUGCGACAGGCAGGAUCCGCACGCCGCGCUCACUGGAGGGGCCUUCCCGCGGAGCGACCUGCUGGAGCACGCCAUCCGAGUGGCCGCCUCCACGGCGGGCAUCCGCCAGGGGUGA